UCGAAAUGCCUCGGUUUAGAUUGUUUCUCCCGAAAUCAGCAGCUAACUCGAACGUGCGGCGUUUCUGCGACACGUCUAAGGGCGAAACCACGCCCCUCUACAAUUUCCACGUGAAAAAUGGCGGAAAAAUCGUCAACUUUGGCGGUUUCCUGCUGCCUGUGCAGUACGGCGACCAGAGUAUCGUCGCGUCGCAUCUCUUCACAAGGAAAAGCGCGUCGCUUUUCGACGUGUCGCACAUGCUGCAGACGGAAAUUAAAGGCAAACACUGCAUCGAAUGCCUCGAAUCAGUGUGCACCGCCGAUAUACGGGGGCUGGCGGAUAACAGCGGCGUCUUGACCGUGUUUACGAACGACCGAGGCGGCAUCUUAGACGAUUUAAUCGUCACGAAAAUAUCGGACGAACGACUGUACAUUGUGUCGAACGCGGCCAUGAGAGAUCAAGACCGACAAAUUUUGAAAAGCGCGUUGGUAAGCUACAAAACGGCAAACAAGGACGCGGAAGUCGACGUUGAAUUUCUCCGUCCCUCCGAGAGGGCUCUGGUGGCCCUACAAGGACCGGAGGCUGCGCGCGCACUCCAGCGAAUCGUCGACGUUGACCUGGAAAAAUUAUUUUUCAUGAAGUCGGUAGUUGGCCGAGUCGGUGACGCCGAUGACUGCAGAAUUACGAGGUGCGGCUACACGGGGGAGGACGGGUUCGAGAUCUCCGCCCCCGCGCAAAAAGUGCAAAGCCUCGUGCGGACUCUUUUGGACGAGGAAACUGUAAAGCUAGCGGGAUUGGGAGCCAGGGACUCUUUAAGGUUGGAAGCCGGCCUUUGCCUGUAUGGCAACGACAUCACGCCCGAGACGACGCCUGUGGAGGCGGCGCUCGCGUGGUUGGUGGCGAAACGCAGGCGCGAGUUGAAAAACUUCCCCGGCGCCGAAGUAGUUUUGCGCCAAAUCAAAGAAGGAUCUGAGAUUAAAAGAGUCGGUCUGACGCUGCGAAACGGGCCUCCAGCGCGGCACGGGGCUGAAAUAUUAACUGGCGAAGGCGAAAAAGUGGGACGCGUGACGUCAGGAUGCCCAUCGCCGAGUUUGGGGAUGAACAUUGCAAUGGGGUACUUGCCCAUCGCAUUUAGCAAACCCGGCACCAAGAUUGGGGUGAAGAUAAGGGAUAAGGUUUAUGAGGGCGCGGUGACAAAAAUGCCCUUCGUUCCAUCGAACUAUCACAAUAAACCAAAGUAGGACU